AUGAAUAAACAAUCAUUGAAUACAAUUACACCAUUAUUAUGUAUCACAAUACAUAUAGAAAAUUACAUUGAAUUAUAUAUACAUGAUGAUUAUUCAUUACCAAUAUUACAAUAUCGUUAUGAACAAUAUUAUAAUAAACCAUGGAAACAACCAAAAAAAUGUAUUAAAACAAAAUUAAUAUUAACUUAUACAUCAUUAAUAUUAAAAAAUGGUUCUUGGUGGCCAUAUCGUUAUGAAAAUGUAAUUCAAUAUAAAACAAUACAAAAAAUUAUUCUAUUUAAUCAACAUAAAUUACAAUUAGCUAUUGGUUUAUAUGAUGAUGAUUAUAUUGAAAAACAAUUUUUAAUUAUAACAACAAAAAAUAUUACUGAUAUUGAUAAAUUAAUUCAAUUAAUUGAUACACAAUUAUUAAUAUGGAAAUAUACAUUCAAUAAACAAAUCGAUUAUUAUCCUUAUCAAUUAUAUAAAAAAAAAUUAAUAACCAAUAAUAAAUUACAAUUAGUACCAUUUAAGAAUAAAGCAUUAAAUAGAAAAGGUUUAAUUGAUAAAAAUCCAAUGAUUCCAAUGACAAAUCAUGUAAUUGGAUUGAAUUCAUUAAGAAAUACUUCAUUCAAUCAAUUGAAUGAAAAGAUUAUUGAUAAAUCGAAUGGUAUAUUAGAAAUUGAUUAUAAUAAUCCACAAUCAAAUCAUCAUUAUAAUGAGCAUAAAUCAAUACUACAUACGUAUAAUAAUAUGAAUGAUCAUGAUUUAUAUAAUGAUAAAAGAAUAAUUGAACCAAUUCCAAGUACUUCAAAUAAUAAUCAUCAUAAUAAACAUCGAAAAGAACAUAAUAUCAAAAAAGAAAAAGAAGAAAAUAAAAAAAUAAAAAAUAAAUUAUGUCAAACAGAUUCUUAUUAUAUUGAGAAUAAUAAUAUCAAAUCAUGGGAAGUUGAUAUUAAACAUGUACGUUAUGAUCCUAUACAAGGAAAUAUAUUAGAUGAUAAUGGUUCAGUUUAUUUAUAUUCUGCACAUGAAAUUGACUAAUAUAUAUAUAUAUAUAUAUAUAUAUAUAUAUAUAUAUAUAUAUAUAUAUAUAUAUAUAUUCAUAAUCAAUGAUCUAUUAAGGAUUAAAAAAAGGUUUUAAUGAAUUAUUUGAUUUUUCAAUAUAAUCAAUGGAAUAUUGAUUUGUUCAUGUUUUAUUUUAUAAACAUUUAUUUACUUUUAAGUGUUAUGCUAUUUUCUUAAAAAAAAAAACAACUAUUGAGCUGUAAUCCAUAUUUAUCAUUAAUGAGUUGUAAUAAUAAAAUUGAGAU